CUCAGAAACCGGAGGCUGUCAGAGAGAGAGGAUCCACCGCUGCGGCUCUCUGACACAAACAGCAGCUAUGUGGCUUUAGCAGCUCAGCAAGACCGACUCAACGUUUCACCCCACACGGAACCACCGAAUCACUUCCAGCCGGUGUUUUGGCAGCGCAUCUUUGGAAAUGUUACCUUGAAAAAUAAUUGUUGCUAGCUAACUUGUUAGCUUCCGGGUUAGCUUGAAGUUUGGAGCGUCUUGCUAAUUUGGCCGACACGAAAUUAAAAUUAAAUCCACCGCAAAGGCAGCAUCUUCUGCAGGAUUUAUCCAGAUUGGACAGCAAAAAAAUUAAGUCAUGGACGCCUUUUUCAGUCCCGUUAACACCGCUUUAAAAGGCAGGCCCGAGGGGAUCCCCGGACUUUCCUCGCUCACUCUGCCCGAGUUGAGCACAAAGGACCCGCAUUGCAGGAAUCUGUUCUCCCCCGGACCCGCGGCUGUGCUGUCUCCUGUCACCAAUUUGGCUCUGGACAUGAACAAUUUAGCUGGACUGGGAAGUCAAUGUGAUACCCCGAAAAGGAGAAAGCAUGCACCCCUUGAGAAGAUUCCCUCCUUUGCCUCUGACGUCUCAUCUGAUGCUGGCCUCGGCAUGGAUCCCCCCAGCCCCAUGGAUGCUGUCGAAGUCGAGGACACAUUUGAGAAGGCCAUUCAACAGUCAAGCAGAGUUGUUAACGAGAAGAUGCCAAUUCGACGAAUCAACUCAUUGCCACUCCAGCUCCUCUGUGUCAGUCCAUCUCUGAAGGGACAGGAAGAAGAUUCGAACCGCUAUGGAAUAUUCGGCCAACCCCUCUCCCAGAGAAGCGCCUCCUUGGCUUCUGAACACGACAACAAGGAGAACAUGCCAGAGGAGGGCUUUGAAUUCAAGAAACCAACCAAGCCGGCGUCACGUUGCCGUGUCCGCUCCUUCAACAGCGGACAGGCGAAGGACGCUUUCGCCCGCCGUCCCAGUUCAGCACCAGCCCUCAUGCUUUCCUCGCCUCCUCCAGCCCAGCAGUGUGACUUUUUCGACAGCAGCCCCAUGUUCCUGAGACGCUCAUCUCAAAACGACGAUGACGACGAGGAUGACGGCUUUUUUGGCGUGCUGGACGACAACAUGGAGAACGACUCUGGGAUGCCGAUGGGAAUGGCCAGCUUGCUCACUGCCCCACUGGUGGCCGACAGCACCGGAGAAGACUCUCCCGUGAUGCGCUGCCGGCCGCGCAACCUGUUCCGCUCGCCCUCCAUGCCCAGUCCGGUGUCCCGGCCCUCCGUGAAGCGUCCCGACUGCCCCGGAGAUGACAACACGCCGGUCAGGGUGAAGAGACGACGCAGCCUGGCGGGAACUCACGUCACCAUCCUGGAACAAAACCCCGAAUCCCCGAGGAUGGGCUGCUCGCUGCUGCAGAGGUCCAAAUCCUUCUGUCAGACGGAGAUUGAAAAGCUGCUGGACAGUGAGGACACUUCUAAUGAGCUAAUAGGAGAUUUCACCAAGCCCUUCGUACUGCCCACAGUAGAGGGAAAACAUCAAGACCUCAAGUACAUUACCCCAGCUAUCAUGGUGGCAGCUCUCACCGGACAGUUUGCUCAUCUAGUCGAGCAGGUCAUUGUCAUCGACUGCCGCUACCCCUACGAGUUCGAAGGAGGACACAUCAAGGGAGCUCUGAACCUGCACCAAGAAGACCAGGUGCAGGACUUCCUCCUCCAGACCCCCAUCGUCCCGGCCUGCCCCGACAAGCGGGUCGUCAUCAUCUUCCACUGCGAGUUCUCGUCGGAGCGCGGCCCUCGGAUGUGCCGCUUCGUCAGGGAGCGAGAUCGCGCCAUGAACGAAUACCCCAAACUCCACUACCCCGAGCUCUACAUCCUCAAGGGCGGAUACAAAGACUUCUUCCCACAUUUUCAGGCACAAUGUGAACCUCAGUCCUACCGGCCGAUGCACCACGAGGACUUCAAGGAGGACCUGAGGAAGUUCCGCCUCAAGAGCCGCACCUGGGCCGGCGAGCGCAGCAAGAGGGACAUGUACAGCCGGCUGAAGAAGCUGUGAGCGCCUCCCCGUCCUCCCAGACUGCCUGUAGAAACACACUGCCUCCCCGGAAAACAAACUCGACACGAACCACCUCGCCGAACCACCGAGGAACAACCUUUUUGGGAUCGCGCCAGCAGAAAAAGGGGGACUUUUUUUUAUUUUUAUAUAAAGUCCCAGAAGUUCCAUUUAACUAUAGCAAAGUUAGUUAUUUAUGCAAAUUCAAAGAGGGAAAGACGUGAAACGAUGAACCCUCGGCCGGAAGACGUCGUCGCCGAGGUGCAGCGAACAGAUUUAAUUAAUCUGAAAGCGUUUUUAAAAACCACUUGGACCGACUGCCUGUUUUAUUUUUUUUUUGUGUUUUUAAUGUGUCGACACAACUUGGUGUCAGAUUGCAAUAAUACAACCAAACCAGCAAACUGCCAGGUCUGAAGUUUGUCUUUCUGUCUCCUCACUGGAUGUUUUUUU